AUGACUUCUCAGGAAGAGGCUCAAGGGGGAAAUCCCACUACUGGAAGUCUUGAAAUCAUCUCUAUUACAGAAGAUGGACCACCAGUACCAGAAAUUCAGUUCUCCUUCAAAAGAUUUUUCAGCAUACAAGUGAGAGUUGAUCCCAGUGCAGAUGGAUCUGGGGAUAUUGAACCACCUUCAAUGUGCCAAGUAUUAACCUCCCCCAAAUACCUUCCAUAUGUCUGUGCUUUAUUCUUUGUAGUAAUCCUAGCAGCUGCCACUGGCCUGGGUGUCCAAUACAACUGCAUUGGGAAGUUUCGCUGCCGAUCAUCCUUCAAGUGUAUCCAGAAAUCAGCCAGGUGCAAUGGUGUCUUCAACUGUAAAGAAGGGGAAGAUGAGUAUGGAUGUGUCAGGCUGAGUGGCAAGAGAGCUGUGCUGCAGGUGUUCACCUCUGGAUCUUGGCGAACAGUCUGUUCUGAUGACUGGAAGGCAGAGUAUGGAAAUACUACCUGUAAACACCUGGGUUUCUCAAGUUAUGUGAGUUCAGGUUACCUGCCUGUGGCUGCUGUUGAAAAACAGUUUCAAAGACAUUUUGUAUCCCUCAGCCAUUGGUUACCCAUGGAUCAAGUGACAUCCCUGCACAAUGCAACAAACUUGAGGGAAGAAUGCAAUUCUGGCAGUGUAAUCGCCUUAAAGUGUUUGGCAUGCGGGAUGCGAGCCAGCUACAGGCCGCGGAUUGUGGGAGGCAAUGCAUCCUUGCCCCAGCAAUGGCCUUGGCAGGUCAGCCUGCAGUUCCAUGGGCACCACCUCUGUGGAGGGUCUGUCAUCACCCCACGCUGGAUCAUCACAGCUGCACACUGUGUCUACGACUUGUACUUACCAAGCUCCUGGAGUGUGCAAGUUGGCUUUGUGACUCAGCAAGAUACCCAGGUUCACACAUAUUCAGUGGAAAAGAUUAUAUACCAUCGAAAUUAUAAACCCAAGACGAUGGGAAAUGAUAUAGCACUGAUGAAACUGGCAGCACCACUUGCUUUCAAUGGUCACAUAGAGCCAAUUUGUCUGCCUAAUUUUGGUGAACAGUUCCCAGAAGGAAAAAUGUGUUGGGUAUCAGGAUGGGGAGCAACUGUUGAAGGAGGUGAUACAUCCGAAACCAUGAAUUACGCAGGUGUUCCCUUGAUUUCUAAUAGAAUUUGCAAUCACAGGGAUGUCUAUGGUGGGAUCAUAACCUCUUCAAUGCUUUGUGCCGGUUUCCUAAAGGGAGGGGUGGACACCUGCCAGGGAGACAGUGGGGGCCCUUUAGCAUGUGAAGAUAUGAGUAUCUGGAAGUUGGUGGGAACCACCAGCUUUGGAGUGGGCUGUGCAGAAGCGAACAAGCCUGGUGUCUACAGCCGAACUACCUCCUUCCUGGGCUGGAUACACGAGCAGAUGGAGUAUCUUCGUCAUUGUGUUUCCCCUACAUCUAACCAUAGGUUCCAGAAAUGGCUGGCAUUUUGCAUAUGCAAGAUAAGUGAAGACAUUUCAGAUGAAUGUCAUAUAUGGUGAAGUAAUCAAGAGGGAAAAAAGUACAGUUAAAAAUUUGUUUGACUAGAUGCUAACAAGUCAUAAUUUUUCACAGGGACAUCCUUCAGAUUAGACAUUUAUUCAUCCUUGUCAAA